GGCAGUAGCGAUCACAGAUAUUAGAAUAUUAGUGAUCGUAUACAAAUUGUAUCUAGCAAUUUACGAUGGAUAAAAAAAGUGCCCAGAAAUUUAUGUUGUUAAAAAUAUAAUUUUAACGUUAUGUAGAUGCAUGCAUGUUUUCGAUUAACAUGAAAGACGAAGGCUACUUAUAAAGCCCGUUUUCUGACGUGCAGAAAACGUCGGAAGUAUGAUUGAUAAUGAUUCCUUUGGGCCCAGAAAGGCCACAGAUAAUUUCCCAUUGCCCACGGAACACAGCUGAGUCAUCACAAAUAAUUCCUAAGAUUAUAAAGUUUAUUGUUACAGUAUGUGAAGUUCAUUCCUUUCCAAGUUGGGUUUUAUAUUCAAGUGUCACCUAGUUUUCCUGGUAAAGUAGUUCAUAUUGUGAGAAACUUAUAUAAUAUUAUAGCUUGUAUUAAAGUACAGGUAGAACUGCAGAAAUAGUCAUUUGUCACCAAUGGCAAAAGAGAUUGAGUUAGCUCCUGGAAAAUGGGUUGGAGGAUCCCAUCCAUGUUUCAUAAUUGCUGAAGUUGGACAGAAUCACCAAGGAGAUAUGGACAUAGCUAAAUCAUUAAUAAGAGCAGCAAAGGAAAGUGGUGCAGACUGUGUGAAGUUCCAGAAGACAUGUCUACAUGAGAAGUUCAAUUCUGCAGCUCUUGAAUGACCCUAUUCUGGACCCAAUUCCUGGGGCAGUACAUAUGGAGAACAUAAGCAGUACCUUGAGUUCUCCAACUCUGAGUUUGGAGAACUUCAGAGAUAUGCAUUUAAAAUUGGAAUCAUCUUCACAGCUUCAGCUAUGGACAUGGUUUCAGCAGAUGCCCUGUAUUCAUUAGCAGUACCAUUUAUGAAGAUUGGCUCUGGUGAUACCAAUAACUUCCCAUUAUUGCAGCAUGUAGCCACUAAAAAAGUACCACUGGUUGUGUCAACAGGUAUGCAGAACAUGGAGACAGUACAUUCUGUAUACAAUCUACUGACAGCUGCCAAAUCUCAAUUUUGCUUGCUGCAUUGUGUGUCUGCAUACCCUACCCCUGCAGAGGAUGUUAACCUCCGUGUGAUACAGACGUACAAACAAGAGUUUCCUGAUACUCCUAUUGGCUAUUCAGGUCACGAGCUGGGUACUGCUAUAUCAGUGGCUGCAGUGGCAAUGGGAGCACAGGUGCUGGAGAGACACAUCACUUUAGAUAAGAGCUGGAAGGGCAGUGAUCACGUGUGUUCGCUAACGCCAUUGGAAUUCCUCGACCUUGUUAAUCAGGUCCGGAUUGUUGAAGCUGCACUAGGAAAUUCAAUCAAGCAGUUUCAGCCCAGUGAGGAACCAUGUUAUAACAAACUUGGGAAGACUCUUGUGGCAGCUCGAGACUUGUCUGCAGGAGACCACAUUACGGCAGACAGUGUCAAAGUGAAGGUUGCAGAACCCAAGGGUUGUCCAGCUGAGAGAUACAACGAUAUUAUUGGAAAAGAAUUAGUCAGGGAUGUUCAAGAGGAUGAGAGUAUUAUGUCCACUGAUGUAAUAUGAUCACACCAUUUAGACUCCUUUCUUUGUAGGAUUUUCAGCAUGAGAAAACUAUUCUUUCACAUUUUGAAGAAUAAACUCUCAAAUUCUUGUGGGUGCAUAAAAUAUUGUAACUUUAAAAUAUGAAGCAGAACUGCUGACCUUUAGUCUGCAAUAUUUGGCAAAGAAGUUGAACAAGGAAUGGUGAAUGAUAUUUGUAAUUAUAUCUGCAUGAAUUAAAGUUUCCAGCACAUGAAUAAACAAGGGCAGAAAGGUAUACCCAACUUGGAGUAUAGUGGUGUUCAAA